GAUUCCGAUUCAAAUGGAAAUGAUUGCGAACGUUUACAGGUUUUGAAUGUUUUUUAUUUUAGAUCCAGGAUAUGUUUGGAAAGGUAGAGUGUUAAUUGUAUGUUCACAGUUUUUGAUUAUUUUUUUUUCUUCAUUUAGAAUAUGAUGUUACACCAAUGAUGUAAUUCGAUUUUGCUGAAAAUCAACCAACCCAAAACUCUGGUGGUGACAAAUAAACUAUCAAGUGUUGUAUGAAAUCAUCGUUAUCAAAGAUUUUUUGUUUGGAAAUUCAAAACGUGAAUCAUUUGCAAUCGCUGCAAAGCCUCCAAACAAAAUCGUUCAAUGUUCAAAAACUUCAAAUGUAACACAAUUGCCGUCAUGAAGUUUUUGUCGUAAAAAUGAAAUAUUUUCUGAGUCAAUGUGCAAAACAAUUAUUGUAGUGUUUCGACGUCCAUCAUGUUCAGUUUACGCGCUCUAGUUUUGCUUGCGUUGACAGUAUUUUGUGCCAAUGUCAAUGGAGCUAAUAUUUUGGCAUGCGUUCCAUCAGCUAGCCGAUCGCAUCACAUCGUUGUGGCAACGAUUCUUGAGGAGCUUGCUAACAGGGGACAUAAUGUCACGGUCUUAAGUACAUUUCCAAAACCGGAUCGGCCGUUGCCAAAGACUUAUCAUCAUAUUUACACCCAAAUUGAUGAUUUGAAUGAAUGGAUCGAUAUGCGCAAAGGAAUGCUUAAUAACGAAACCAAAGAUGAUGAAACUCAAAUGAAACGAAUUCCAAAAUGGAUGCGGAUGAUGGCUCACCGAUCAACUCUCAUAAUAAAACAUGAAGCGGUACAGAGUGUCAUAAAAUCCGGCCAAAAAUUUGACUUAUUCUUCUUUGACUACAGCCUCAAUGACAUGAUGUUGGGCUUGGCUGGUCAUUUUCGUUGUCCAUCGGUGGUUUUUAGCACGUCACCCGCUAUGAAACCACUUCGAGAUAUGAUUGGUAAUCCGGCGGCUGUGUCGAGUGCACCAUUGUUCAAACAUCUAAAGAAAAUUGAUCAACUGAAUUUCAAACAGCGUUUGGGACUAUUUAUCGAAUAUGUCUUUGAAUAUUUCUACGUAUCAUACGUAAAUUAUUUCCUGUUUGAAAAGUUUUACGACGAACAUUUUGGAGUUAUUGAAAAUUUCCCGACAUUUGAUGAGAUCAAGAAAAAUGUAUCGCUCAUUCUGACCACCACUCAUUUUAGCGAAGGUACAAUUCGGCCAGCUCUGCCAAACCUAAUCGAAGUGGGCGGUUUGCACAUCAAGGAAACACCAAAUCCACUUCCAAAGGAAUUUCAAGAUGUAUUCGAUUCGGCCGAUGAGAACGGUGUUAUCGUAUUCAGUUUUGGUGGAAAUAUUCAAAGUUCUCACAUGACUGAUGACAAAGUGAAAUUGUUUUAUAGUGUAUUUGCACAAUUGAAGCAGAAAAUCAUUUGGAAAUGGGAAUCAAGUGAAAUCCCAGUGGGAAAGCCCAAAAAUGUGCAUAUGAUGCAAUGGAUACCACAAGCCGAUUUAUUUGCCCAGCCACAAGUUCGAUUUUUCAUAUCACACUGUGGCAUCAGCGGAAUUUACGAAGCUAAAUUUUAUGGUGUCCCCAUUCUUGGAAUACCAAUUUACGGUGAUCAACUGGCAAAUGCAAAACAGAUUGAAAACCAGGGAUGGGCGGUUACUUUGGACUUUGACACUCUGAACAAAACGAUAUUCAGCGAAAGCAUUCACGAAAUACUCACCAAUUCAACAUAUAGAGAAUCGGUACAAAAACUGUCGCAACUCUUUCGGGAUCGUCCAAUGUCUCCGCUGCAAACAGCCGUUUACUGGAUUGAAUACGUGAUUCGAUAUGAUGGGGCCAAGCACAUGCAAAGCUCUGCUGUUCAUUUGAAUUUCAUUCAAAAAAAUUCACUCGAUGUUAUCUUCUUGUUUGUUGUAGUUUUUUAUAUUCUUUUCAAAAUUUUAGCAAAGUUGGUUUCGUUGGUGAUAAAAUAUCGACCUCUUUGGAUUGUGACCAUUGCCGUUCUGGCUUAUUUGAUAUUUCCAUUUGUAAAAUCGGAGUAAACACUUGAGAUUCAACAAAUGAUAGUGGAGUGGUAUUAACGUUUUAUGUGCCUUGAUUUUUUUUUGGUACGAUUCUAGAAAUAGGUAAACAAGAAAGUUUACAAUAUCUGAAAAUUGUCCGUAUUUUAUUCCAAAAUUUCCGGAGAGACUCUCUUUUCAUCGUCUAAUCAACGAUUGUGACCAGUAAUUUAUCACUUUUAAUUUAUCUCAUGUACUUAACUUGAUUGUAAUAAAUGACUGCGUUGCCAAAUCGAA